UGUGCGUCGCAGUGCGCAUGCGCGGUGGGCUGCGUAGCGGAGAUCCGGACCCCGGCGGGAGCCAGCAUGGCGUCUGAGCGUAAAACUAAGUUGUCCAAGAAUUUGCUGCGCAUGAAGUUCAUGCAAAGGGGACUGGACUCAGAAACUAAGAAACAACUAGAAGAGGAAGAAAAGAAAAUCAUUAGUGAAGAGCAUUGGUACUUGGAUUUACCAGAGCUUAAAGAGAAAGAGAGUUUCAUAAUAGAAGAGCAGAGUUUCUUGUUAUGUGAAGAUCUUCUCUAUGGAAGAAUGUCAUUCAGAGGAUUUAAUCCUGAGGUUGAGAAAUUAAUGCUUCAGAUGAAUGCUAAGAACAAAGCAGAAGAAGUUGAAGAUGAAACAGUGGAGCUUGAUGUGUCAGAUGAAGAAAUGGCUAGAAGAUAUGAGACCUUGGUGGGGACAAUUGGAAAAAAGUUUGCCAAGAAAAGAGACCGUGCCAAUUAUGAAGAAGAUGAAAAUGGAGACAUAAAACCAAUUAAAGCAAAGAAGAUGUUCUUAAAGCCCCAAGAUUAAAAUGUAUGCCUUAAGGUAUGGCUCAGAGAUGCCUUGUGACAGUUAACAUAUUUUGGAACUGAUUUCAUUGGUUUCUCUAUAGUUAUUAAUAUUGUAAUGUUUAUUUGUAAAGAAAUGUAUAAUUUUGGAAACAUGCUGUUUUUGAAACAGAUGUAUGAUGGAUGUUAUACAUCCUUUGCUUAAUAUGGUAUUCAUCAAGAGUGGAUUUUUAGCCCUUGAUAUUCAAAUGUACAAAGGCAAUGUUUGCUUCCUAAAAUUUUUUUACCCCAGAUUAUUUUUAAAUACAUCUUUUCAAUUGCUGACCUUAAAUUGACACAUAACUUAAUAAUAGUGUUUAAAUUGUCCUUGUGUUUGCAUUUUACUUUCAAUUAUUAAUGUUAAGUCAUUUCAUACAUUUUGGAAUCAAAUGUUGUGAGAAUUUAUUCUACGUAAAUUCAUCAAGAACAAGCAUGCCUCUCUAGCCUAAAAUAUUUGCAUGCGACCAAAUCAGUCAGUUUGUGGAAUUAAGCGAUUUUGUUUAAAGCUUUUCAUUAAUAAGAAAAAAUAAUGUUCUGUAAUAAACAUCUGUUUUCAUAUA